UGAGGACCCGUCAUCCACCACGUCCUGGGAGUCUAAUUCGACAUCCAAGCCUACUUUCCUUUUCCAGCUAUGGACAUCGGGAGGACACGGAUCUCCUGUGGACUGUGGCUUGUCUUACUCCUGACAUGCAGGGAACUCUCGGCUUUCAACCUGGACAUCGACAAUGUCCUGCAAAAGACCGGAGACAAAGACAGUCUUUUCGGCUUCUCCCUCGCCAUGCACCGACAGGUUAACCCGUCGGAUAAGAGAAUGCUGCUGGUCGGAGCCCCUAAAGCCAAAGCCUUGUCUGGCCAGAAAGCUAAAGUGACAGGAGGGCUGUACAGCUGCGACUUCAGCUCCCCUUCGUCCCCUUGUACCAGAGUCGUCUUUGAUAAUGAUGAGGAUCUAAGACAGGAAAGCAAAGAGAACCAGUGGAUGGGAGUGACAGUGAACAGUCAGGGGCCAGGCGGAAAGAUUGUGACCUGUGCUCAUCGCUACCAGCACCGGACGAAUGUGAACACAGCCCUCGAAUCACGUGACAUCAUAGGGCGUUGCUAUGUGUUGAGUCAGGAUCUGACCAUCGAUCCUGGGUCGGACGAAGAUGGGGGCAACUGGCGCUUCUGCGAGGGCCGUGUGCGAGGGCAUGAGAGGUUUGGCUCCUGCCAGCAGGGGCUCUCUGCCACCUUCACCAAGGACUACCACUACCUCAUCUUUGGUGCUCCCGGGGCAUAUAACUGGAAAGGUGUGGUACGUGUGGAACAGAAGAACAACACCCUGAUAGAAAUGGGUUUCUAUGAUGACGGUCCAUAUGAGGCUGGGGAUGAGAACAAAAUGGACCCUGACCUGGUCCCUGUCCCUGCCAACAGCUACCUCGGCUUCUCUCUGGACUCGGGGAAGAGCCUGACCAAAAAGGGCCAGCUGACAGUGGUGGCAGGAGCACCCAGGGCGAACCACAGUGGAGCGGUGGUGCUGCUGAAGAAAGGCCCGGAGACAGGAAACAUCCUGGUGAAAGAGUUCAUUCUGGAAGGGGAGGGGCUGGCGUCCUCUUUCGGAUAUGAUCUGGCUGUGCUGGACUUCAAUGGAGACGGUUGGCAGGACAUAGUGGUGGGAGCCCCUCAGUACUUUGAGAAGGAAAAGGAGAUCGGAGGAGCCAUCUACAUCUACGUCAACCAAGCCGGGGCCUGGGACAAAGUCACACCGACCAGAAUAGAAGGACCUCAGGACUCCAUGUUUGGUCUAGCUGUGGAAAACAUGGGAGACAUUAAUCAGGAUGGCUUCCAUGAUGUUGCAAUCGGAGCUCCCUAUGAUAAUGAAGGCGCGGGGAAUGUCUACAUCUACCACGGUACAGACAAAGAAAUCAACAAAAAACCUUCACAGGUGCUGUCAGGCCAGCCUGUAGGAGCGAGGCUGUUUGGCUACUCUCUGGCAGGCAACAUGGAUCUGGAUAAGAACCUUCUCCCUGACCUGGCUGUGGGAUCCCUCUCUGACUCCGUUUUUAUCUACAGAUCCCGCCCAGUCAUUAACAUCAAGAAGGACAUCAAGAUCACACCUAAGGAGAUUGACUUCACCAAGAAGAACUGUGGCAGCAACUUCUGCUUGAGUGUUGAGGCCUGCCUCACCUACACUGCCAACCCAAAGAACUACUCACCCAAACUAACGGUGGCGUACGCCAUUGAGGCAGAUGCCGAGCGCAGGAAGAACGGUCUUCUCUCGAGAGUGAUUUUCGAGCAAGGCUCCAGCGCUGACCAAAACUACGAGUCCAAAGGAACCGUCACCCUUGCCGGCCAGGGAAAGAAGCAGUGCUUUACACGUAAACUCAUUGUACAGGACAACAUUCGGGACAAGCUCCGGGGAAUCCCCAUCCAGGUGUCCGUGGAUAUCCAGGAUGCCAAACGUAAGCGGAGACAGAGCCCGUCCUCUUCCCUUAUGCCCAUUCUGGACGCCAAUGAGCCAACGACAGUCCGCGCAGAGGUGAAUUUCCUGAAGGAGGGCUGCGGAACAGACAACGUGUGCCAGAGUAAUUUGCAGGUGACCUAUCGCUACUGCAACAGGAAACCCAACCAAGAUGUUUUCAUCCCAAUGGAAGAGGAUGCUGGGGUGCCGGUGGUCUCCCUUGGCGACCAGAAAGAAAUCGCCUUGGAAGUCACAGUGACCAACAUGAAUGGAGAUGAUGCGUACGAAGCCUCGGUGGUCGCCUCCUUCCCGCCCACCCUGACCUACUCUGCCUUCCGUGUGCUACCUAAUGAGAAGCCAGUUACCUGCACAGCCAAUAAAAAUGGUUCUCAGGCUGAGUGUGAGCUGGGAAACCCCUUCAAACGGGACUCUAAGACAACUUUCUACAUUAUUCUAGGUACAGCAGGCAUCUCUCUCAACACGACUGAACUGAAGAUUGAUCUACAGCCAACAACGACAAGCGAACAGCAGAGCCUGGCUCCUGUCGCAGCAAAAGCAAAAGUGGUGAUUGAGUUGCAGCUGUCUUUAACAGGUCAGGCCCAGCCCUCUCAGGUCUACUUCACAGGAGAGGUCAAAGGUCAGGAUGCCAUGAAGAAAGAAAGUGACAUCGGCAGUGCCAUCAGAUACCAGUUCACGAUCAUCAACCUGGGAAAACCCUUGGCGAGCUUUGGCACCGCCUCCCUGGUCAUCCACUGGCCGAAGGAGACCGAUGUAGGGAAGUGGCUGCUCUACCUGAUGAAAAUCAACUCUACCGGGGUGCAGCGAACUGACUGCUCUUCUUCCCAGGAGGUCAACCCUCUCAAACUUAAAGAGGAGCCAGGUCACAUCAGGAAGAGACGGGCCAUGGAGGACACCCCCAAACAAGAGGAGGGCUCGAUUUCACUUCUAACGGACCAGAGGAAAUACAGAACUCUGUCAUGUGACAACGGAGCAAACUGUGUGGAGCUCAGAUGCCCCCUGCAGGACAUGGACAGUAAUGCAGUCAUCACUCUCAACGCUCGCCUGUGGAAUGGUACAUUCAUAGAGGACUUCUCCAAGAUGAACUAUUUAGAGGUGAUAGUGAAGGCUUCUCUGCUUGUUCGUGGCACAACUAAAAACAUGGUGCUGAAAAAUCAUGAGACACAGGUUAGACUGACAGUAUUCCCAGAGAGGCGUGCAGCCCAGUAUGGAGGACUGCCAUGGUGGAUCAUCCUGGUGGCCAUCCUGCUAGGGCUGCUGUUGUUGGGGCUGCUGGUCUUCCUCCUCUGGAAGUGUGGUUUCUUUGGGAACAACGACAAAGAUGACACUCCAGCGUCAGACAAAGAGGCACUGACAGCAAAUGCAUAGAAAAAGAGACAAGAAACGGGUGUGGUUUUUUCAAGCGUGCCAAAUAUGAAGACAAUGUUCCCAGUUACAAUGCCGUACGAAUCAAAAGAGAGGAGAGGGAUAUAAAACCUGGGAAUGACAGCUGGGAAAACCUGGAAAAGAAGCCCUGGAUGACAAGCUGGCAUGACGAUGAACAUUAUUGCUAACGGCGUUGGAAAUCUCAAUCCAACAGACAUUCCUGUCACUUUGUGCUGAUCUUCCAAUUUUAUUGUUUUUCCAUAACAACUCCCUGCUUUUUCUCUGCAGUGUGGAUUGUAAAUAUCAGAAAAAAGCAAAAAACAAAGAAAAAGGUUUGUAGAAUUUUAUACUUGAUCAAAUAUGCCACUUCAGGGCCGAUUUGAUCUCGGAUGACGUCUUAAUUGAUCACUGAAAGACGUGCUGCAGUGUGGAAGCUGCUCCUGCACAACUACUGUCUGUCAGAUUUGGAACUUGUUUUGUAUGUGUUCUGUGUUCACAGUAUUGACGGGGCGGGGUUUUUAGGUUUUUGUAUAUUUUCUGAAUGUUUUGCAGAAAUGUUUGUAUUUAUUCUUUAAGGGGAGUGCUACCUGUUACAUGCUCUACAGGCCAAAGAUUGAUGCAGUGAUUGCAUAUACAAUAUAAACUACAUUUAAAACAACCUCACAGGUUUUUCCAGUUUAGCACAUCUGUAUUACAUCUGCCUUAACUGUGCAUACCAUCCUCAAUCAGCUUGUGUCUUAGGUAAUGCGGUGCCUCAGACCGCAGGUUACAAAGACUCUUCAACAACUGUCAAGGACUCGCUUUGUAAAUAUUCUACAAAGCCUCUGGAAAAUUCACCUUUUUAUUCACUGACUGUCAAACGGAAGAGCUUGAGUGUAAAAA